AUGAGCGAACCUCAAAGCGGCGAGGCGGAGAAGAACAUCGAGAUCUGGAAGAUCAAGAAGUUGGUCAAGCGCCUCGAGGCCGCCCGAGGAAAUGGAACUUCUAUGAUUUCUCUCGUCAUCCCUCCCAAGGAUCAGGUGUCGCGUAUCGCUAAGAUGUUGGCUGAAGAAUACGGUACAGCCUCCAACAUCAAGUCUCGUGUCAACCGACAGUCCGUCUUGUCCGCCAUCACAUCGACCCAGCAACGUCUCAAGCUGUACAACAAGGUCCCUCCGAAUGGCCUGGUCGUGUACUGUGGUGAAAUCUUAACCUCGGAAGGAAAGGAGCGAAAGGUCAACAUUGACUUUGAGCCAUUCAAGCCCAUCAACACCUCGCUGUAUCUCUGCGACAACAAGUUCCACACCGAAGCCCUCGCUGAGCUGCUCGAGUCCGACCAGAAAUUCGGCUUCAUCAUCAUGGACGGUAACGGUGCACUGUUCGGCACGCUCAGUGGCAACACUCGUGAAAUCGUCCACAAGUUCUCCGUCGAUCUCCCCAAGAAACACGGCCGUGGUGGUCAGUCCGCUCUGCGUUUCGCUCGUCUCCGUGAAGAAAAGCGUCACAACUAUGUUCGCAAGGUUGCUGAGUUGGCUGUGCAAAACUUCAUUACUGCCGACAAGGUCAACGUCGCUGGUAUCAUUCUCGCUGGUUCCGCCGAUUUCAAGAACGACCUCAACGCCUCCGACAUGUUCGACAACCGUCUGGCUGUCAAGGUCAUCAAGGUUGUCGACGUCUCCUACGGUGGAGAAAACGGCUUCAACCAGGCCAUUGAGCUGUCCGCCGAAACUCUCGGAAACGUAAAGUUCAUCCAGGAGAAGAAGCUCAUUGGCAAAUACUUUGAAGAAAUCAGCCAGGAUACCGGCAAGGUCUGCUAUGGUAUCGAUGAUACCUUGAAGGCGCUGGAGCUUGGUGCUGUUGAGACUCUCAUCAUCUUUGAGAACCUCGAAAUUACCCGCUCGGUUCUUAAGGAUAGCGAGGGAAAUGAGGUUAUUCUGCACACCACCAAGCAGCAGGAGACUGGCAACCGAGAGAAAUUCCUGGACAAGACCACUGGCCAAGAGAUGGAUAUUGUUUCACAAGAGUCGUUCCUUGAAUGGAUUGCUGAGCACUACAAGGAUUUCGGUACCAACCUGGAGUUUGUGUCCGACCGAUCAACCGAGGGCAAUCAGUUUGUCAAGGGAUUCGGUGGUAUUGGCGGCAUCUUGCGUUACAAGGUCAACUUUGAACAGUUGGCAGAUCUCGACGAGGACGAUGAUGAUUAUUACGACGAUUGA